AUGGCCGGAGACCUCGGUGAAAUGGAGACGUCGCAGGAGCUUUUUUUCAACAGCAGCCUCCAGAGCGAAUACGCGAACCACAGUAACAUCACCAACCACACCAGCAUCACCUACUACCCUUACUACCAGCACUCUCUCUCCGUGGCUGCCGUCCUGACCGUGGCCUACCUCUUCAUUUUCCUGCUGUGCAUGGUGGGAAACGGCUUGGUGUGUCUGAUUGUGCUGGAGAACCGGCGGAUGAGGACGGUCACCAACCUCUUCAUCCUCAACCUGGCCGUGAGCGACCUUCUGGUGGGCGUCUUCUGCAUCCCGACCACCCUGGUGGACAACCUCAUUACAGGUAACCCGUUCACGAACACCGUGUGUAAGAUGAGCGGUCUGGUGCAGGGCAUGUCGGUCUCGGCCUCCGUCUUCACGCUGGUGGCCAUCGCCGUGGACAGGUUUCGUUGCAUCGUGUAUCCCUUCCAGCCCAAACUGACCCUGCUGGUGGCCAAAGUGACCAUAGUGAUGAUCUGGGGGCUCGCGGUGGUGAUUAUGUGUCCGUCGGCGGUCACUUUAACCGUGAAGAGAGUGGAGCACCACUACAUGGUCCACGACGAAGACUACAACCACACAUACCCUCUGUUCUCCUGCUUCGAGAACUGGGCCAGCCCACAGAUGAGGAAGGUCUACACCACCGUCCUGUUCGCUCACAUCUAUCUCAUCCCUCUCACGCUGAUCACGCUCAUGUACGGACGCAUCGGGAUCAAGCUCUACACCACCUCGGUCAUCUCCGGGAACGACCAGCAGGAGAGCGCGCAGUCCCACCAGGAAGGAAGGCCGCUCAUUUCCCAGAAGAAGAUUAAAGUGAUUAAGAUGCUGAGCGUGGUGGCGCUUUUAUUCACGCUCUCCUGGCUGCCUCUCUGGACUCUGAUGCUCCUCACCGAUUACGGCGGUCUUAACGAAGACGAGCUGGAUCUUCUGAGCGGCUAUGUGUUUCCGUUCGCUCACUGGCUGGCGUUUUCCAACUCCAGCGUCAACCCUAUUAUCUACGGCUACUAUAAUGAGAACUUCAAGCGGGGUUUUCAGGCGGUGUGCAGAACGCAUUCGUGCUGCUGCGGCGGGGUGAAGACGAGGAGCAGACCGCGACGGAAGUCCAGAGGAGACGCGAGGGAUCCCGCGGUCAGCUCUAAUCCCUUGGCCUUUGGUGGAAGGAACCGGGUUUACACCGACGGAGACGUGAAGGACUCCAGGACCUGUCUGGAGCUGGAGCACAGGAGAACCAUUCGACUCUGUAAUAACUCGGUCUGCUCGGAUGACACGGGAUCCAGCGUGGGAUCCGGGAUUAAAGGGGCUAUGAACCAGAAAGUGUUUCGGACGGAGGAGGCAGAGAAAAUAAGCCCGGUCAGGGUGGGUAAAAACCAAGCCUGGGACCAGUAGAUGGAUUAUUCAAGAGACUUUCCAGACCUUUCACUUAAUCAGCAGGACGAUUCGGGCCUAAACAUGUCUUUUGUGAAAACUAUUAUCUUCAACGGUUUGACAGCACACGGGGUUCAAUGCUCACAACACAAACAAACACCAAAACAAGCUGCAAAUACCUGCACACACACACACACACACACACACACACACACACACACACACACACAAAAUGAGCCAUGUCUUUUGUUUUUGUGUAUUUGGCACCAUUUGUAUAAAUCCAUGGUUAUUUGUGCAUGGUUUAACUAUAGUAAACAUUUUUAUUAAACUACA